GCUUAGUGAAAAGUAAAAGCAAAUUCUUAAUCUUAAUCGCGAUAAUCUUAUUUUAAUUCUCAUUCUUUCCAAUAUGUUAAUGGCAUUUUUAGUCGAAGUCCUUUCUUAUCAUCCUAAGUAUAUGGAACAUUUCUUACAAACUCAUAAUGCCAUUUUACGAGGCGAUGGACCACUUUCGUAUCCUUAUCGAUACAUAAUUGCUAUUAUUGCAUCAGGUAGACAUCAAUGCUGCUGCUUAAUGAACAUGUUGAAAAAUGAAUUUAUUGAUCAUGGCGGUGAUCCAUUCUGGUUAGAAGGCUUGAAAGCAAUUCCAGCAAAACUUCAAAAUCUUUACGAGAUCAAUAAAAUACUUGCACACACGCCAUGGCUUCUGAACAAAUGUUACAUCGAGAAUUUGACUAAAGGUGAAGGCAACUGGUCUCUGUCGGAACUUGUUCACGCUAUUAUUUUAUUAGUGCAUUUCCAUUCUCUAUCAACCUUCCUGUUCUCCUGUGGAAUCACUAAAAAAUUAGAGAAUCUUCAGACGCACUCUUGUGAAUUUAACUCGAAAAGUGCUGAAAGUCUUGCGGUGCCAGAUCCUGAGAGGCCUGCCAAUAGUCCAGUUCCAAUCAGCAGACGUUCCAGUCAGGACGAGGACUCGUUGUCAUCGUCACCGCCUAGCAUUGUCGGAGAGCAGGAAGUGAAACUUCAGACAUUGAUGGAAAGGAUGAAAGAUUUGUCCGAAAAAUCAGAUUCGUUUGAAUUCACAGAGGAAGAAUUGGCAAAACGAUUCGAAACUAUUGAGAAGCAGUCGGCUGAAUUAGUGGUUGCACCGUUAAGAACAAAUACUGUUCUUGAAAUGGACAUUGGCCUUUUCAUCGAAGAGCCCAGCUAUAUUUAUCAAGAUUUUACUAAGUGUGGCCAACUGAGCGAAUCCCUCACAUUUCGUGUCCAGGAUUACUCUUGGGCAGAUCAUGGUUAUUCGCUCGUUACCAGCCUCUACACGGACGUUGGCAACCUUCUCGACGAUAAAUUCAAAACCGCUUACAACCUCACGUAUAAAACGAUGGGCGAGCACAGCGAAGUCGACACGUCGCGUUUCAGGAUCGCCAUUUGGAAUUAUAUCCAGUGUCUUUACGGCAUUAAGCACGACGAUUACGAUUACGACGAAAUCAAUCAGCUACUCGAGGAUAGCCUUAAGACCUUUAUUAAGAAUGCCGUUUGUUAUCCGGAGCGCGUCACAAAGAAGGAUUAUGACCGUGUUAUGACGGAAUUUAAAGAGAGUGAAAAGGUUCAUGUAAAUUUAAUCAUAUUUGAGGCUCGCAUGCAGGCAGAACUCCUUUACGCAUUGCGCAGCAUGAUGCACUUUAUGACAUAAUAUGAAAGAAGAUAUCUUUUUAUUAAUUUUAUUAGAUUGACAAACUAUAACGAGGCAUACUAAGCUACAUUGACGUACCUAUAUAUAUAUAUAUAAUUCGAUAGGUUAAACGUUUCAUCGGUUAAAAGUUUCUUCACAAAAGUAGUCGGGAAGAAAGGAGCAUUUAAAUACUGUGACAAUUUUUAAUUAAUAAAUAGUUUUAAAAUUUAUU